AUGGUGAGCAAAGUCGUGAUCGCCAUUGUUGUAGCUAUAGGUGUGAUGAUAGUGAGGAAAGUACUAAAUUGGGCAUGGUUGAAGCCAAAGAAGCUAGAGAAGUGGCUGAGAGAUGAAGGGUAUAAAGGUAAUUCAUACAAGGUUGUAGUGGGUGACAUGGAAGAGCUUUCAACCAUGAUGAUGGAAGCUAAAUCAAAGGCCAUGCCAAUCACCCACGAUAUUACUUCACAUGUUCUUCCCUUCGAUCACCACAUCAUUUCCAAAUAUGGGAAAAGGUCAUUUAUGUGGUUCGGGCCGACCCCAAGGAUUUACAUCACGGACCCGGAACUGAUCAAGGAGAUAUUAUGGAGGCCCAAUGAGUUCCAGAAGCCGCACCCUGAGCCGAUACGAGAUAGCAUCAUCGCGGGACUUCUAGCCUCCGAGGGUCGGAAAUGGACCAAACAUCGUCAAAUAAUCAAUCCCGCUUUUCAUCUUCAAAAUAUCAAGAGUAUGUUCUCAUCGAUCUCUUUGAGUUGUAGAGAUAUGAACGACAAAUGGCAGCUCCUGACUGCCGAAACGGGAGUCAUGGAAGUCGAUGUGUGGCCAUUCAUUGAUAACUUGGCCGGAGAUAUUAUUUCACGAACGGCGUUCGGUAGCUGUUACGAGGAAGGACGGAAGAUAUUCCGAAUCCAGAAGGAACAAACCUAUCUCGUGAUCCAACGAUUGCUUAUGCUCUAUCUUCCAGGAGGAAGGUUUAUACCUACGAAAGCGAACAAGAAGUUUAAAGAAAACGACAACAAGCUUAAAGUUAUGCUACGAACCAUAAUCGAUAAACGAAAGAAAGCAAUCGAUAUCGGAGAACAUGGUGACAACGACUUGCUCGGGAUUUUGCUAGAAUCAAAUUCGAAAGAGAUUGAAGAAGACGGAAUUGGAAUGAGCAUGGAAGAUGUGAUCGAAGAAUGUAAACUAUUUUACCUUGCGGGAUCAGAAACGACCUCGAAUUUGAUCGUUUGGACCAUGGUUUGUUUGAGUUUGCAUCAAGAAUGGCAAAUCCGAGCUCGACAAGAGGUUCAACAAGUUUUCGGUACCGAAGAACUAAAUUUCGAUGGCCUAAAGCAUCUCAAGAUUGUGACGAUGAUACUGAACGAGGUUCUUAGGCUAUACCCGCCAGCGGUGAUGGUUACUCGAGCUACUUCAAAAGAGACGAAGCUCGGAAACAUGAUGAUACCUUCAGGUGUGCACAUAACGAUACCAAUAAUCUAUGUCCACCAUGACCGCGAAAUAUGGGGCGAAGAUGCGACGGAGUUCAAACCGGAAAGGUUCUCGGAAGGAGUUGCGAAUGCGACAAAGACCGGAGGACCGAGUGCCUUUUUGCCGUUUACGAGCGGUCCUCGGGUUUGCAUUGGCCAAAACUUUGCUAUGAUUGAAGCGAAAACCGCCAUAGCGAAAAUUCUCCAACGUUUCUCCUUCCAACUUUCGCCAUCUUACACGCAUUCUCCUUUCCCCGUGUUCACUCUUCCACCCCGGUUUGGUGCUCACUUGAUUUUACGUUCUAUUUGA